AUGCCACCUACAACUACCACGUUACCACAAACUACAACCACUCUGCCACCUACAACUACUACUACUCUACCACAAACUACUACCACUCUAUCACAAACUACUACAACCACUCUGCCACAAACAACUACUACCACUCUACCACAAACAACUACUACUACUACUACUCUACCACCAACAACAACUACCACUCUACCACAAACUACUACAACAACAAUGCCACCAACAUCUACUACCACUCUACCACAAACUACUACUACUAUGCCACCAACUACUACAACCACUCUACCACAAACUACUACUACUACUCUACCACAAACGACUACAACCACAAUGCCACCAACAUCUACUACCACACUACCACAAACUACUACAACCACUCUACCACAAACUACUACUACUCUACCAAAAACUACAACUACUCUACCACAAACUACUACAACCACAAUGCCAUCAACAACAACUACCACUCUACCACCAACUACUACAACCACAAUGCCACCAACAUCUACUACCACUCUACCACAGACUACUACAACCACAAUGCCACCUACAACAACUACUACUCUACAACAAACUACUACAACCACAAUGCCAACAACAUCUACUACCACUCUGCCACAAACUACUACAACCACUCUACCACCAACAUCUACUACCACUCUACCACAGACUACGACAACCACAAUGCCACCUACAACAACUACUACUCUACAACAAACUACUACACCCACAAUGCCAACAACAUCUCCUACCACUCUGCCACAAACUUCUACAACCACAAUGCCACCUACAACAACUACUACUCUACCACAAACUACGACAACCACAAUGCCAACAACAUCUACUACCACUCUGCCACAAACUACUACAUCCAGUCUGCCACCAACAACAACUACCACUCUGCCACAAACUACUACUACCACUCUGCCACAAACUACUACAACCAGUCUGCCACCAACAACAACUACCACUCAACCACAAACUACUACAACCACAAUGCCACCAACAUCUACUACCACACUACCACAAACUACUACAACCACAAUGCCAACAUCAUCUACUGCCACUCUGCCACAAACUACUACAACCACAAUGCCACCAACAUCUACUACCACCCUACCACAAACUACUACAACCACUCUACCACAAACUACUACUACUCUACCAAAAACUACAACUACUCUACCACAAACUACUACAACCACAAUGCCACCAUCAUCUACUACCACUCUGCCACAAACUACUACAACCACAAUGCCACCAACAAAAACUACUACUCUACCACAAACUACUUCAACCACAAUGCCACCUACAACAACUACCACUCUACCACAAACUUCUACAACCACAAUGCAACAACCAACAACUACCACUCUACCACAAACUACUACAGCUACUCUCCCACAAACUACUACAACCACUCUACCACCAACAUCUACUACCACUCUACCGCAAACUACUACAACCACAAUGCCACCAACAACAACUACUACUCUACCACAAACUACUACAACCACUAUGCCACCAACAACAACUACUACUCUACCAUACUACAACCACAAUGCCAACAACAUCUACUGCCACUCUGCCACAAACUACUACAACCACAAUACAAUGCCACCAACAACAACUACCACUCUACCACAUACUAGUACAACUACAAUGCCACCAACAUCUACUACCACUCUACCACAAACUUCUACAACCACAAUGCCACAAACAACAACUACCACUCUACCACAAACUUCUACAACCACAAUGCCACCAACAACAACUACUACUCUACCACAAACUACUUCAACCACAAUGCCACCUACAACAACUACCACUCUACCACAAACUUCUGCAACCACAAUGCCACAAACAACAACUACAACUCUACCACAAACUUCUACAACCACAAUGCCACUAACUACUACAACCACUCUACCACAAACUACUACAACCACUCUACCACCAACAUCUACUACCACUCUCCCACAAACUACUACAACCACAAUGCCACCAACUUCUACUACCACUCUACCACAAACUACUACAACCACAAUGCCACAAGCAACAACUACCACUCUACCACAAACUAGUACAACUACAAUGCCACCAACAUCUACUACCACUCUACCACAAACUACUACAACCACAAUGCCAACAACAUCUACUACCACUCUGCCACAAACUACUACAACCAGUCUGCCACCAACAACAACUACCACUCUACCACAUACUAGUACAACUACAAUGCCACCAACAUCUACUACCUCUCUACCACAAACUUCUACAACCACAAUGCCACCAACAACAACUACCACUCUAUCACAAACAACUACAACCACAAUGCCACCAACAACAACAACCACUCUACCACAAACUUCUACAACCACAAUGCCACAAACUACAACUACCACUCUACCACAAACUUCUGCCACCAACAACAACUACCACUCUGCCACAAACUACUACUACCACUCUGCCACAAACUACUACAACCAGUCUGCCACCAACAUCUACUACCACUCUACCACAAAAUACUACAACCACAAUGCCACUAACUACUACUACCACUCUACCACAAACUACUACAACUACAAUGCCACAAACAACAACUUCCACUCUACCACAAACGACUACAACCAGUCUGCCACCAACAACAACUACCACUCUACCACAAACUACUACAACCACAAUGCCACCAACAACAACUACCACUCUACCACAAACUACUACUACUACUCUACCACCAACUACUACUACCACUUUACCGCAAACUACUACAACUACAAUGCCACCAACAUCUACUACCACUCUACCACAAACUACUACAACCACAAUGCCACAAACAACAACUACCACUCUACCACAAACUACUCCAACCACAAUGCCACAAACAACAACUUCCACUCUACCACAAACUUCUACAACCACAAUGCCACCAACAACAACUACAACUCUACCACAAACUACUACAACUACAAUGCCACAAACAACAACUUCCACUCUAUCACAAACUACUACAACCACAAUGCCACCAACGACAACUACCACUCUACCACAAACUACUACAACCAGUCUGUCACCAACUACUACAACUACUCUACCACAAACAACUACAGCUACAAUGCCACAAACAACAACUUCCUCUCUACCACAAACUUCUACAACCACAAUGCCACCAACUACUACAACCACAAUGCCACCAACAACAACUACCACUCUACCACAAACUACAACAACUACAAUGGCACCAACAACAACUCCUACUCUACCACAAACUACAACAACCACUCUGCCACCAACAACAACUACUACUCUACCACAAACUACUACAACCCCUCUGCCACCAACAACAACUACUACUCUACCACAAGCUACAACAACCACUCUGCCACCAACAACAACUCCUACUCUACCACAAACCACAACAACCACUCUCCCACCAACAACAACUACCACUCUACCACAAACCACAACAACCACUCUCCCACCAACAACAACUACCACUCUACCACAAACUACUACAACCACUCUGCCACCAACAACAACUACUACUCUACCACAAACCACAACAACCACUCUACCACCAACAACAACUACCACUCUACCACAAACUACAACAACUACAAUGCCACCAACAACAACUACUACUCUACCACAAGCUACAACAACCACUCUGCCACCAACAACAACUCCCACUCUACCACAAACUACAACAACUACAAUGCCACCAACAACAACUACUACUCUUCCCCAAACUACUACAACCACUCUGCCACCAACAAAAACUACUACUCUACCACAAACUACUACAACCCCUCUGCCACCAACAACAACUACUACUCUCCCACAACCCACAACAACCACUCUACCACCAACAACAACUCCCACUCUACCACAAACUACAACAACUACAAUGGCACCAACACCAACUACUUCUCUACCACAAACUACUACAACCACUCCUACCACAAACUAGUACAACUACAAUGCCACCAACAUCUACUACCACUCUACCACGAACUACUACAACAACAACUACCACUCUGCCACAAACUACUACAACCAGUCUGCCACCAACAACUACUACUACUACUCUACCACAAACAACUACACCCAGUCUGUCACCAACUACUACUACCAGUAUACCACCAACAACUACUACCACUUUACCGCAAACUUCUACAACCACAAUGCCACCCACAACUACUACACCACAAACUACUACAACUACAAUGCCAACAAACUACUACAACCACAAUGCCACCAUCAUCUACUACCACUCUGCCACAAACUACUACAACCAGUCUGCCACCAACACCACAAACUACAACUACUCUACCACAAACUACUACAACCCCUCUGCCACCAACAACAACUACUACUCUACCACAAGCUACAACAACCACUCUGCCACCAACAACAACUACUUCCACUCUACCACAAACUACUACAACCACUAUGCCACCAACAGCAACUACUACUCUACCACAAACUACUACAACUACAAUGCCAACAAACUACUACAACCACAAUGCCACCAACAACAACUACCACUCUACCACACACUACUACAACCAGUCUGCCACCAACAACUACUACUACUACUCUACCACAAACAACUACAACCAGUCUGUCACCAACUACUACUACCACUAUACCACCAACAACUACUACCACUUUACCGCAAACUUCUACAACCACAAUGCCACCCACAACUACUACUACUCUACCACAAACUACAACAACCACAAUGCCACCCACAACUACCACUACUCUACCACAAACAACUACAACCAGUCUUACAACCACAAUGCCACCAACAACAACUACCACUCUGCCACAAACUACUACAACCACAAUGCCACCCACAACUACUACUACUCUACCACAAACAACUACAACCAGUCUGUCACCAACUACUACUACCACUCUGCCACAAACUACUACAACCACAAUGCCACCAACAACAACUACCACUCUACCACUAACUACUACAACCACUCUGCAACCAACUACAACUACUACUCUACCACAACCUACUACAACCAGUCUGUCACCAACUACUACUACCACUAUACCACCAACAACAACUACCACUCUACCACAAACUACUACAACCAGUCUGCCACCAACCACAACUACUACUCUACCACAAACAACUACAACCAGUCUGCCACCAGCUACUACAACCACAAUGCCACCAACAACAACGAUCACUCUACCACAAACUUCUACAACCACAAUGCCACCCACAACUACUACUACUCUACCACAAACUACAACAACCACUCUGCCACCAACAACUACUACCACUCUACCACAAACUACUACAACCACUCUACCACCAACUACAACUACAACUCUACCGACAACCGCUACGUCUCCAACUACAACCACCACUGCGAUACCUCCCACUGUCCGCCUGGUGAAUGGAUUCUCUGUCUUCUCUGGUCGCGUGGAGUUGAUUCACAAUGA